UGCAAAUGACGCAUCUUGCUGUCAUUUCAUUUUCAGCCUGAAUCUGAAAAUAUAGCCACACGGGGCUCCUCUUCCUCUCUGCCAUUCUUCUGCUCCGUCUCUGUGCUGCUGGCCGGGGGGAGGAGGGAGGAGGAGCAAAGUGGGCCUGCUCCGUGCUGUGACUGGAGCGGCACUUGAGAGCAGCGGCACUUACACAGACAGCCGCAGCAGUGCAUACAGGAGAGAAACUGAAACUACAGUAUCGAUCUCAUUACACUGGUAUUGAUCAAUAUCAAUACCAACGGUGGUAUCGAUAUUUGGAUCGAUCCGCCCACCACUAGGCCACAGCUUCUUUUUGCACUUCCGCAUUGGCCUCAUCGCUCAGCCCGGGUUGAUGCCGCUUGUUCGAGACUCAAAGUGCGCAGAAAGGAGGACAAUGUGCGCCGUGCAGCUGCUGCGGGUGUCGGUACAUGAGCGGAUCAGCGCUGCCGCUGAAGACUUUCUGCUGCAGGUGGAGAAAGGGGAAGAAACGGCUCAAGUCCCGGCGCUGAGAGCGCUGCUCACCGAGCGGCUAACGGCGGCGGCGAAGGAGAUCGCCGCUGUGUUUGAGGAAACCGUGGUGGAGUACGAAGACAGACUGGAGCGGUCAGAGCGGGAGAUCUGCCGCCAGAGGAGGCUGCUCGAUGCCGUGAUGAAGCCCGAAAUAAGGCUGCACAGAGCAGACUUCCUGCAACCGGUGGUGAGUAAAGAAGAGGUUCCCCCUGAGCAGCAGCAGUGGAGCCCUCUUGCGGACCAGGAGGACCCAGAGCCCUCCCACAUUAAAGAGGAACAGGAGGAACCUUGGACCAAUCAGGAGGGAGAGCAGCUUCAACAACUGGAGGAGGCCGAUAUCCAAUUCACAUUGACUCCUUUUGCUGUGAAAAGUGAAGAAGACGAAGAGAAACCUCAGUCGUCACAGCUUCAUCAGAGUCAGAAUGAGGAGAACAGAGCGGAAGGUGGAAAACCAGAACCAGCCAGGAACUCAGGUCCUGAUGGAUUUUUACAACCAGGUCCCGAGGACAAGACCGAAGACUCUUCUGAGACUGAAGACAGUGAAGAUGAUUGGAUGGAGACCAGGGAGCCUCAGUCUGGUUUGAAUAUAAGAAACAACAAACAGCCUUUAAGUGAUAUGAGAUGUAAAACUGAUAAGAAACCAUUUAGUUGCUCUGAGUGUGGUAAAAGAUUUAGCCGAAAACAAAUGCUGAAUGUACAUAUGACAAUUCAUACGGGAGAGAAACCAUUUGGUUGCUCUGAGUGUGGCAAAAGAUUUAGACUAAAGGCCAAGCUAACUGUACAUAUGAAAAUUCAUACAGGAGGGAAACCAUUUAGUUGCUCUGAGUGUGGUAAAAGAUUUAGUCAAAAACAAAUGCUGAAUGUACAUAUGACAAUUCAUACGGGAGAGAAACCAUUUGGUUGCUCUGAGUGUGGCAAAAGAUUUAGACUAAAGGCCAAGCUAACUGUACAUAUGACAAUUCAUACAGGAGAAAAACCAUUUAGUUGCUCUGAGUGUGGUUAUAGAUUUAGACGAAAGGACCAGCUAACUGUACAUAUGAAGACUCAUACAUUAGAGAAACCACUUAGUUGCUCUGAGUGUGGUUAUAGAUGUAACCACAAAAAAUAUUUAAAGUUACAUGUGAGAAUUCAUACAGGAGAGAAACCAUAUAGUUGUUCUGAAUGUGGUAAAACAUUUAGAUAUAAGAACCAACUGUAUGUACAUAUGAUGAUUCAUACAGGAGAGAAACCAUUUAGUUGCUCUGAGUGUGGUUAUAGAUUUAGACUAAAGGCCAAGCUAACUGUACAUAUGACAAUACAUAAAGAAGAGAGACCAUUUAGUUGCUCUGAGUGUGGUUAUAGAUUUAGACGAAAGGACCAGCUAACUGUACAUAUGAAGACUCAUACAUUAGAGAAACCAUUUAGUUGCUCUGAGUGUGGUUAUAGAUUUAGACGAAAGGACCAGCUAACUGUACAUAUGAAGACUCAUACAUUAGAGAAACAGAAGCAGCGGUUGGUUUGUAUCGUGUCAGAGUCUGAGUGUCGUCCUCCACGCUCACUGACCUGAGCUCACUUUACUUUUUCGCUAUCAACACCAACACGCAUCAAAAGUUAUUAGAACCUGAACAGAACUGAACUUUACUUUGUGUUUGUUUGAUUCACUCCAGAGUUUAAGAGAGAGACACACACCCACUAACCUAAUACAAUAGAAACCUAAAAGUUCAUCUAAAUCAUAACAGUUCACUUUACUGAGCUGGUUAAAUAUAUUCUGGGCCAAAUGUUUCAAAUUUAUUAAAGACCAAGUUUUAUUAACA